AUGAACAACGUGUCGCGUGUCGUUCCAUUUUUUAAAUCUCCGCGUAAAACAUACAAACGCGCGAAAAUUCAAACUGAGUUGGAUGAUUUUGAUGGAGAUAUAGUCAGAAGAAUUAUUCACGACUUUUAUGAUAGAGGUGAGUACCCGACUGCCUUGUCCAUACUCAAUACUUACCGAGAAAAGAAUAAUUACACCAAGUGUAAUGACGGUCGCAAAUUUUUAAUGGAGCGUUUAGACAUAGUUGCUCUACGGUGCACAUUCCUCAGAAAAAUGUGCACACUGCGUAAAAAUAACGAUAGUCACCCUGUUGUAUAUGUUGAYGAGACUUGGGUUAAUCAAAAUCACUCACGAUCCAUUAUUUGGCAGAACAAUGAAGGUACCGAAGGAUUAAAGGUUCCAACUGGCAAGGGUGGUCGACUGAUUGUAUGUCACGCAGGAUGCGCCCGCUACGGAUUUAUUAAGGAUUCAAAAUUAGUUUUUCGUAGUAACACUAGUAAUACUACAGACUACCAUAACCAAAUGAAUUAUGAGGUGUACAAAGAAUGGUUUCUUGAAUUACUGAAUCAUCUUGAAGAGUCCUCUAUUAAUGUUAUGGAUAACGCAUCAUAUCAUUCGACCUUGGCUGAAAAUUAUCCUGAGAGUAAUUCUAGAAAAUCGGAUGUAAAAAAAUGGCUUAACGAUAAAAAUAUUCCCUACAGUAAUCUAGAAACAUUGGCCGAACUUAAAAUGAAGGUCAAAAAUAUAAUGCGACGUGAAAAAUCGUAUCUUCUUGAUGAGUUGGCACUAGAAAGAGGUCAUGAGGUGAUACAAUCCAUAUCCCUGCCAGUAUAA